AUGUCACUCUCAACUGAGCGUGAACUACGCUGCAGCAGCGUGCGAUCCGAGAUACAGGAUUUGGCCAUCCUAGAUGAAGCCGACCCCCUCAAGCGUUUCUUUCCAGUCGACAAGAUCCGCUCCUGUCUUACGCGCAACAAAGUCUCCUGGCUACUUAAUUGCGCAUGUUCCAAAUGCAAGAAAGAAUAUGCUUUAUUUCGCAGGAAGAAGCCGCCGACGGAGUUUCUCGACCGAAUUGUUGGCUCCGAGGACGACCCAGAGUCCUCUUGCAACCCGUCCAAAACCGCAUUCGCACUCCUCGCUCUUCUCAUUUAUGCUGAACAUCCAUUACUUAUCACAGGAUUUCUCAUGCGAGAUUUCUCCGAUGCCUCUUUAGCUCCCCCAGCAUCAUUCUCCAAGCAGCAAUUGCGAGCCUACUGUCCCGAAUUCGCACUAGAAAACGAGAGAGACUUCAACAAGUUUGUCUCCGAAUUUCUUCAACUCAGACCGCAAUUCGCAAUCCCAAGGAUGGACUCGGCCAUGUUUAUUGCGUAUGGGCCAGACACAAUUUUGCCCUUCAUAAGAGAGCAGAAGAUCGGUGCCCGUGGCCCGAAUGGGAUCAUACAGAAAAUACCGAGCGGAGCCGGUGGCAGGAUAUACAAAUUCGAGAUAUAUGAAGAGUAUUGCAACUUUCAGUCUCCAAAUCAUUAUACCCAGUUCGCCAGGAAGGAGCUGGUAAAUACCAGCGAGAGUGCUUUUCUCUCAGAGGUCGAAGCGCUCGAUGUGGCGAACGCCCUCCAGGAUGACCACAUAGUGCGCAAGAUCAAGGCGUACAAGCUUGGCGAUACCUUCAAUCUUAUUUUCCCUCUUGCCAAAGCGAAUCUGGACCAGUCCCUACGCGAUCCUAUACUCGAGUUCGACAGUUUGGUGCAUGGACCUUUGGAAUCACGACCUGCGUGGAAGCAAGUGUUGGGCAUCGCAAUUGCUCUUGGUAAACUCGGAGGGGCAAAAGGAAGCAACUCGCGACUGGGAACAAGCGGCCAGCACCAAUUCUACGGAGGGCACUUUGAUCUCAAACCGACAAACAUAUUGAUCGAUGAUGACGACAAUUGGAUCAUUUCAGACUAUGGACAGGCAACUCUCAAACCUACGGGGCGAACCUCCUCCCGCGUCGUCAAUCAGGGGGGCUCGGAUGCAUAUGCGCCGCCGGAAAUCGACAAUCUCAAUGCCCAAUUCAGUCACCGCUACGACGUCUGGUCUCUCGGCUGUAUUUUGUUGGAGGUUACGGCGUUCGUCAUGCUAGGCUACGACGGACUGACUGGUUGUAAAGAAUGGAAGGGUCUUGAUCAGGUCCGGUGCACAGGAUCAGCCUUCAACACAAUCGAGGACAACCUAUUCUACUCCCAAGAGUGGUAUCACGGGGAAUACACGUUGAAAAAAGGAAUCGUCGACUUCAUAAGCUUCCUGACCGGGCAAAGUCUUGUACACGAGCAGAAAACCCGGGUAUUCCUGUCGAAAGUGCUGGAUUUGAUAUUGCGCAUGUUGGAACCAAAGGCGGAACGGCGAAUCGAUAUCGAGGAGGUCAUCAGCUGUUUGAGUUCUGCGAUUGAGGAAGCGAGAAAUGAUGCUCAAGGCUGGGAGGUCGUUGCUGAGUCUGGAGAGCGGCCAAUUGGCGAGCCCGAACUAAGCAAAAUUCGUCUUUUGCACCGGAGGAAGAACAUUUGGAUGGAAGCAUCUGUGCAUGCGUUCGAAAGUUUGGAUCGCAACCUACGCAUUUACACCAUUUCAAAUAAGAUGCCGAUUGAGAGUCUUUUGGUUCGGUCACGGGUUCAGCUUGUUCCAAACUAUGCAUUUCGGACGGGCAGACGGAAGAAGUCAUUUUCGAACGAAAGCGCCAUUGCAUUUUCUGAUAUCAGCCGAGAGGGGUGUCAAAUUUAUCCCGGCCUGUCUUUCUCCUUUCCUGCUUGCAAAGACAUGUUAACAAUGCAAGCGAAAUUUACUCAACACAAGAUAGAGUCUAGUCUUGUUCUGGAGAAUAUCACCUAUCGACGGCAUCGAAGUCUCACUAACCGAAUUUCAUCAAUGAUUCAUAUCAACGAUUCGAAAAACUAUGAGUUCAUCAAUAUGGGGCCAGGACUAGUACAGCUGUGGUCCGAAAACGUCAAUGAGGCGCGACCUCGGACUCGGCAUCGGGAGGUGCCUCCACGGAGAAUGGUGAUCUUCAUUCAAAAAACAAGAACCAUGAUGACCAUUCCGCUGGGCCGCAACUGGCGCGAGACCGAGCAAAACGACGCCGAAUCCAACACGCUCCAAUUCAGCCCUGCCAACAAACCCCGCGACAUCUCCUUCGCGGUGUCCACCAUCCACACCUCCCGCCCCGAAGACCCCAACUCCUUCCCUGGAAUCCCCCUCUGCCCUGAGAUCCUCCGCGCCAUGGAGUACCACAACCGCAUCGAGUGCGACCUCGUCCAGCUGACCUUCCUCACCCCCGAGAAGCGGAAGAAGUUCGCCGAGGAUUACCGCUACAUGCGGAAGGGUUGGUACGACGAGACGGUCGCGAUGGAGAAACAGUACGGCUACUAUUACACGCCGCAGCCGCUCGCAGUCCUCCCUCCUGCCCCCAAGUCGAAGCAGCCGGACUUUUCCAGACCGGGCUCGUGGGCUCUUUUCAGGUCGGCUGCUAUGAGUCCGCAGUUAAGGCCGUUGCCGAAGGAGGACCCGAAGUGGCGGCCUAGUCCGCAUAUGGGCGGUGGUCGUGGAGGAUCACGGAAGACCGCGAAGAGUACGGUGCAGACUGCGUCUCCCCUUCCGUCGUCGAAGUCGUCUUUGAGAAGUAGUAGUAGAGGAAGCAGGGCACCUAUGUCUGCUACGUCGGGCGGAUCGAGCAUGGAUCGGUCACAGUGGACUUAA